AUGCCCCAUUUAUCCCAACUGAUGCAACCCUUCGCAGUCACCCAGCCGGGGCACAUUCAUCUCGAGCCCAGGGCCUCCGGAACCCAUAAGGGGCCGCCCCCCAGUGACCCCGAGAUUAUGGCCAACACUCCAGCCUACCGGCUCCUGAACCGGAGCCGGACUAGCCGGAGCAGCGCAAGGGCUAGUCGAGUGAGAGUGGCGAGUAAGGAGAGGAGGGUGUCUCCGAGAGAAACGCUCCCUCCGGCCCGCCCCCCGCCCCCUCUGCUAGGGCGCCCCCCAAGGAGCUGCGCGCUGCGGGGUCUGGCUCGGGCCGCGGCAGCUAGGGUAAGGAGUUCAAGGCAGCGCCCACACCCGGGGGCUCUCCGCACCCCGACCGCCUGCCCGCUCCUCCCUUCCCCUCCCGCCCUCCCUCCCACUCACCCACCCACCCAGCCAGCCAGAGCCGGGACGGCAGCCCAGGAGCCCGGGCGCCGCCUUUUCGGCGCGAUCCUGGACUUCCUCCUGCCCCAGGAGCCGGCUUCCACGUGUGCCCCGGAGCAGGCGUCACCGCGCGCGCUCCGCCCGGGGCCCGGGUGCCUUCAGCAGCCCGAGCAGCCUGGAAUUCGGGGUUCGGGAACCAUCUGGGCCAAGUUAGGCGCCGCCGAGUCGAGCGCCGCGCGUCUGCAGGGCCGGAGGAGCCGCGGGGCGUCCGGGGCUGAGACACAACAGAUGGGCUCCGACGUGCGGGACCUGAACGCUCUGUUGCCAGCCGUCCCCUCGCUGGGUGGCGGCGGCGGCUGCGCCCUGCCGGUGAGCGGCGCUGCGCAGUGGGCGCCGGUCCUGGACUUCGCGCCCCCAGGCGCCUCGGCUUACGGUUCGCUGGGCGGUCCGGCGCCGCCGCCGGCUCCUCCGCCGCCCCCUCCGCCGCCGCCACCUCACUCCUUCAUUAAACAGGAGCCGAGCUGGGGCGGCGCGGAGCCGCACGAGGAGCAGUGCCUGAGCGCCUUCACCGUCCACUUCUCCGGCCAGUUCACCGGCACCGCUGGAGCUUGUCGCUACGGACCCUUCGGUCCUCCUCCGCCCAGCCAGGCGUCCUCUGGCCAGGCCAGGAUGUUUCCCAACGCGCCCUACCUGCCCAGCUGCCUCGAGAGCCAGCCCGCUAUUCGCAACCAGGGAUACAGCACGGUCACCUUCGACGGGACGCCCAGCUAUGGCCACACGCCCUCGCACCACGCGGCGCAGUUCCCCAACCACUCCUUCAAGCACGAGGACCCCAUGGGCCAGCAGAGCUCGCUGGGCGAACAGCAGUACUCCGUGCCGCCCCCGGUCUACGGCUGCCACACCCCCACUGACAGCUGCACAGGCAGCCAGGCCCUGCUUCUGAGGACGCCCUACAGCAGUGACAAUUUAUACCAAAUGACCUCCCAGCUUGAAUGCAUGACCUGGAAUCAGAUGAAUUUAGGAGCUACGUUAAAGGGAGUUGCUGCUGGGAGCUCCAGCUCAGUGAAAUGGACAGAAGGGCAGAGCAACCACGGCACGGGGUACGAGAGCGAUAACCAUACCGCACCCAUUCUCUGUGGUGCUCAGUACAGAAUACACACCCAUGGCGUCUUCAGGGGCAUUCAGGAUGUACGCCGUGUGCCUGGAGUAGCACCAACUCUUGUCCGGGCAGCAUCUGAGACCAGUGAGAAACGCCCCUUCAUGUGUGCUUACCCGGGCUGCAACAAGAGAUACUUUAAACUGUCCCAUUUACAGAUGCACAGCCGGAAGCAUACUGGUGAGAAACCCUACCAGUGUGACUUCAAGGACUGUGAACGAAGGUUUUCUCGUUCAGACCAGCUGAAGAGACACCAGAGGAGACACACAGGUGUGAAACCAUUCCAGUGUAAAACUUGUCAGCGAAAGUUCUCCCGGUCCGAUCACCUGAAGACCCACACCAGGACUCAUACAGGUAAAACAAGUGAAAAGCCCUUCAGCUGUCGGUGGCCCAGUUGUCAGAAAAAGUUUGCCCGGUCAGAUGAAUUAGUUCGCCAUCACAACAUGCACCAGAGAAACGUGGCCAAACUCCAGCUGGCGCUUUAAGGGGUCCAACCCGGGGGCAGCUCUGUGUCCCAGGCAGGACGGUGUGUGAACUACUUUCAAAUCUGACUUUAAAAUCCUUCCUCACUCACCUCUCUAAGAAAGAAUGGCAGUUGAUCUUCUUCACCCAGCAUCCAAGACAAGACCCCUGUGCUACUGGAUCGUACCAGGUUUGCCUGGAGGCGAUUGGUCUCUGCUGACUUUCAGUUGACUCACCCAGCCCUGGUGAAGUGGCUAAUGAUGUCCAGUUAGUUAAAAGCCCCUCAUCCUUUGGUCUGGAUUUUCCUCUGUAAGAAGAGCCCUUGCUGAUAGUGUUCCCCCACCCUCCCCUUCUCUUUAACAUGCAUUUUCCCUAGGAAUGGAGUCCUUGUACCUUUUUCCAUCAUGGAAUAUUUAUAGGCCAGGGCAUGUGUAUGUGUCUGCUAAUGUAAACUUUGUCAUGGUUUCCAUUUACUAACAGCAACAGUAAGAAAUAAAUCAAGAGAGCAAGGCAUUGGGGGUGAGUCUUGUCCGACAUUCCGGAGGUCAGGCAGGCUGCUAACCUGGAAGGCAGGAUGUAGUUCUACCAGGCAAAUUUUAAAACCCAUGUGUUUGAAGCAGCUGAAAAAAGAAUCAGAAUUAACCAGGACUUCUGUAUAGAAAUCUACAAGAACCUUCCCAUUUUUUUUUUCUGUAUAGAAAUCUACAAGAACCUUCCCAUUCAGUUAAUUCCGUUUUAACAUUAGCACCAUGCGCUUAAGAAACUGCGUUCGAAGGUCUGAGGUUCUGUUUUUGUGUUUUAUUUUUGUCUUUUUUUGGGUUGUAAUCAUUUGCAUCUUCAGAGAUGUACAUAUCUCCUCACACAAAGGGAGUGGAAUUCAUUUUCAUCAUUUGGGGCAUCCUGACUUUAAGUUGUAAAAAUUUAAAUGACUCUAAAGAAAAUAGGGGCUGGUCCAGGAUCCCCACUGGUAAGACUAUUCUUAAAUAACUUAAGUAACUUUGGGUCUACAAGUAUAUGUGAAAAAAAAAAAAACGAGACUUUCUAGUGUGAGGAAAUCCAUCGUUUAAAGGUGUUUGGGUGUGUGUGUGUGUGUGUUUUAAGGACUUUAUUAUUUACUGUUGCUCGCAAUUAUUAUGUAAAUAUAUAUAUAUACCUGAUAAUGAUUUGCUCUUUGAUAACUAAAAUUAGGAAAUGUAUAAAUAUUAGACGCAUCACCGUUCGGGUGUUGAUCUUUCAGCAUAUUGAUGAUAACACUAAAAAUGUAACCUGCGUUUUUCACUUCGCUCUCCAUUAAAGUCCGUUCAAAAGGAAAGUGACAAGAUUCUAUCAGCCUUUUUGUGUCCUGACAAGAAUUAGAUUUCAAAUCCUGGGGCCAGUUGAGCCUCUUUUAAACAGGUAAGAAGAUGCCACCGUCGACGAUCGCUCGUAAACCCUUCGUGUCCUGACCACAAUUUAUUUCUGUCUGUCAGAUCUCCGUAGGGAAUUAUCCAUCCUAGAUGCAGCAGAGAGUGUCACCUUCACGUUGUAUCAUGAAGUGAUUGUGUUUUUGCUGUGGCCGGAUGGGUUUGUGGAUGGUGUGGUGGGAAAUGUGUUUUAGAGUUUUAUAUUAAUCAGGUUACCAUUCCACGACAUCACUUCUUAUUCUAGAUCAGCAAAAAAGAAUAGAGAGAUGCUAAUGAGAACUGGUUUUUGAAAAGUUCACAGCUGUAUUACUGGGAUCGGGAGGGCAUAAAUUGAACACCUAGUACAACUGGAUUUACAACUGUAGUUGCUAUAAAUCAGCUCAGCAGGUCGGAAACUGCUUAACCCUUUCAGGACAGCUGAGUGUGAAAGCAGAGAUCUCCAUUAUCUAUGAACUAUAAACUCUCUUUCUGGUUCUGGUGUAUGGUUUUUCAAUUGUAAAUAAGGAGAUUUCUUUUCGGGCUGCCCCUCUCAAGCCCUGAUAUCUUGGAGCCUCUGCAUACAUUCCAGAGUUCAUUUCUUUAUUUAAAAUGUGUCUUCAGCAGAGGAGGC